UUAGCAAUAAGUUCUUUUAGCGAAGAUCAACUUAGCAGAUGGAUGGAAUUUGUUUUUAGUUUCACGGCAACGGAAAAGGAAAAAGGAGAGGAUCACAACAGCAGGUUGCAGCCGGUGACAUGCUUUUUAACAGCUUUUGGAGAAUCCUCCAUACCACGCUGUUUUUGUUCACUAUGAGGCCUCUCUUGGCAACAAACACAACCAGAGUGCCCUCUCCAGACUGCGAUUUCGAUGAUUCUACCUUAUGUUAUUGGAAAAAUGACCAUAUAAGUAAUGCGCACAUUUGGAUUGUACGUUCAGGAAACACAUCGAGCCUACUAAUGGGACCUCGGUCUGAUGUAUCAGGUUAUGGAAUGUAUGCCACGUUUCCUAGGUUUGGUUACACGGCUAGACUUGUGAGACCCAAAAUGCAAGGUCCAAAGUGCUUGACAGUUAUGUACCACAUGUACUAUAAUUUAAUGGGGAGCCUCAUUAUUUACCUUAAGACAAAUCAUAGUGAGACGGUGCAAUGGAUCAAAGCAGGAUAUCUAGAUCACCCAGACCAAUGGCUGCGGGCCGCCAUAUUCGUUAAUUCGUCCGUCGAAUACCAGGUGACCUGUUUGUCAUUCUUUCAAGAUUAA